AUGAUUAGCCUUAUUCCUUCAUCAGUGCCAUUUUCUGUCGCAACUCUCUUUUUCUCUAGCUUCCUUUGGACCAUUCCUGAGGUUGUGCUGUCUGCUACUUCAAACUAUGGAGGCGUUACUUGGCAUUAUCAGUUCGAUAUAAGGCUUAAAAACGUUACUAGGCUGUGCCACACCAAGAGCAUGAUUACUGUAAAUGGGAAGUUCCCGGGACCUCGCGUUAGUGCUAGAGAAGGAGACAGAUUAGUGGUUAAGGUGAUGAACCAUGUUCCAAACAAUAUCACCAUCCAUUGGCACGGAGUGAGACAGCUUAGGAGUGGAUGGUCGGAUGGACCAUCGUACAUAACUCAAUGUCCCGUACAAAGUGGUCAGAGUUAUGUGUACAACUUCAGCUUGGUAGGGCAAAGAGGAACUCUCUUCUGGCAUGCACACCACUCGUGGUUAAGGGCUACUCUCUAUGGACCCCUCGUCAUCCUCCCAAGGCGCAACGAAUCUUACCCAUUUGCCAAACCCUACAAAGAAUUUCCCAUCCUCUUUGGAGAGUGGUGGAAUGUGGAUCCGGAGGCUGUGAUUGCACAAGCUCUUCACACAGGGGGUGGUCCAAAUGUCUCUGAUGCCUACACCAUUAACGGACAUCCUGGGCCCCUCUACAAUUGCUCCAAUAAUGAUACAUUCAGUCUAAAGGUGAAACCAGGGAAGACAUAUCUUCUGCGUUUGAUCAACGCUGCAGUGAAUAAUGAACUAUUUUUCAGCAUAGCAAACCACACCUUGACAGUUGUUGAAGCUGAUGCUGCAUAUGUUAAACCAUUCAACUCCAACAUCAUCGUCAUUGGUCCAGGACAAACAACAAACGUGGUGUUGAAGACAAAACCUGAGUACAUAGGUUCUACUUUCUUCAUGCUAGUGAGACCAUUUUUCACUGGUAUGGGUACCUUCGACAAUUCCACGUUAGCUGGCAUUCUAGAAUAUGACAACGACGCCCCUCUUUCAGAAUCAGAGUUGAAAAACCGUACCCUAUUUAAACCAACCCUUCCUGCUAUCAACGAUGCAUCCUUUGUUGCGAAAUUCGGAAGUAAGUUUCGCAGUUUGAACAGUGCAAAGUACCCUGCGAAUGUGCCUCAAAACGUUGACAGGAGUUUCUUCUUCACGAUUGGUCUUGGGAGCAUUCCCUGUCCGAGAAACCAAACAUGUGAAGGACCUAAUAAGAGAUCUAAAUUCGCUGCUUCCAUGAACAACAUAUCUUUCACUCUUCCUUCGGUGGCAAUUCUUCAACAACAUUUCUCAGGCCAGGAUAACAGUGGUGUUUACACAACGGACUUCCCAGUUGUUCCUCUGAGACCUUUUAACUACACGGGAACUCCACCGAAUAACACCAUGGUGAAGAGUGGAACCAAGGUGGUGGUGAUACCCUACAACACCAGAGUGCAGGUUGUGUUGCAGGACACUAGCAUUUUGGGAGCAGAGAGUCAUCCGUUACAUCUUCAUGGGUUCAAUAUGUUCGUGGUUGGUCAAGGUUUCGGGAACUUUGAUCCUAUCUCAGACCCUCGCAACUUUAAUCUGGUCGACCCAGUUGAGAGGAACACCAUUGGUGUGCCUUCUGGUGGUUGGGUUGCAAUUCGCUUUUCCGCUGACAACCCAGGUGUUUGGCUGAUGCAUUGCCACAUUGAUGUGCACCUGAGUUGGGGGUUGAGGAUGGCUUGGAUUGUGAACAACGGAAAACUCUCUCAUCAGAAGUUGCCUCCUCCACCGUCUGAUCUCCCAAAGUGUUGA